CCGCUUUAGAACAACAACAAUUUUUUUUCCAGUGUUAUUUGCUGAUAGGAUGUCAUAAGUCUCUAAAAACAUGUGGUCUAAGGAUAUUGAUGAAUUAGGGAUGAUUAACCAAUCAGAAAAGGGGUCAACAUGUGCUCGUGUAUUCAAGAUUAUUCUUAUAACAUUCAUGUGUGGGCUUAUGGUGGGUGGGGUAGCUGUUCUUGGCAUUGGAAUUUGGGCUCAUGAGUCAGAGUAUGGCAGUAAGGCAGUUGGGGGUCUCAUUGGAGUGGCACUCUACAGCAUUGACUCUACAUUGUUUAUUGCAUGCGGAUCAGUAACAAUUUGCAUCAUGGGUGUUGGAUUGAUCGGUUAUCUUCUACCUCAGAAAUGUCUCCUUGGUCUGCAUCUGUGUGUUAUGACUUUCCUUGCUUUCACACUGUUUGCUGCUGGAAUUCUGGGAUAUGUUUUCGUAGGGGAGCUUGAAGACACUGUGAGGGGAUCAUUAAAGAAAAGUGUGACAGAGAAGUAUGGGACACCAGGCAAAGAAUCAAUUACAAGAGCCUGGGAUGAUAUCCAACAGGCAUUUGAUUGUUGUGGAGGUUAUGGUGGAGAGAACACAACUACAUCCUGGUACUUGUAUCAGUCAGAGAGUUUCUGGUUCAAGGAUAACUAUAACAACAAUGCUAGUGUACCAGAGAGUUGUUGUAAGAGGACAGGAGAUGUGGAGAUGUGUAUGGGUCUUAAACCUGAUGCAGCAAACAACUUCCCUCCAUACAGAAAACCACCGAUUACAGCUUUAUCUUCAAACUAUACAAUAUAUCUAGAGGGUUGUUAUGAUAAACUGGAGAAAUAUUUGGAACAGAAUGGAAUACUGAUAGGGACCACUGCUGUUGUCAUGGGAGUUUUCAUGAUUAUUGAGAUAGCCAUGACAAUUUUUGUGUACCGCUCACUUCAUUAAAACCAUUACCAUGGAAACCAGGGUCUACCUGACUACUCACAAAACAGCUCAAACAGAACAAAUUUUAUGGAUGUGUUUCAUGUAUUCUGAAAAAAAUAUUUUUUUUUUGUUUUGUAAUAUUUGUUUAUUAUAUUUCUUUUUUCAAGAUGGAUUUAAAGGGGUAGGAAUUAACCCCCUUCCUUUUGUUAAAGAUGUAGAUAAAAUAAUUUAGAAACCAGAAUGAAACUGAAAAAAAAUCAACUCUACUGGCUUAAAAAUGAAUUCUAUGGGUAAAAAUGCAUGUUUAUAAGGUAAUCAGACUUGCAAUUGAGGUGAACAAGAAUUGUUUCUGCUGGAUUUUGGUGUUUCCUUUGAUUAGUUUAUUUUAAGAACAUUUUUAUUAUUACAUUGCAAAAUUCUAGUUAAGUUUUGAAGGUCUACUCAUUUUGUAAUAAUGUGUUUCUUUUGUAUGUUCAGGAUAUACAUUUUUCAAUGAGAGGUUUAAAAACAUUAUUAAAUGAAGUUUAGUUUACAUCAAGGUCAUUACAGAAUGGUAAUACACCUUGUUAAUACCUAAAUAAAAAAGAAGAUAAUGAUGUUGUAAGAUUGAUGGUUUUAACUAUUUUACACAUAUGCAAAUAUUGGUUUUGUUGCCACAAAUAUAGGUACUGAGAGUGUAUAGCAAUAAUACGGUUUACCCCCUGUUGAGAUGGGAAUUUUCAUAUUUACCUAACAUAUCAAGGGCAGUAACCAUGUUGUGAUUUUAUAGCAAUAUUACAGUUUACCCUUUGUUGAGAUGGAAAUUUUCAUAUAUACCUAACAUAUCAAGAACAAAAACGUGAUUUUAUAUCAAUAUAUGGUUUACCUUUGUUGGGAGAUAGAAAUUUUCAUAUUUACCUAACAGAUCAAGGGGUUGUGAUUUUGUAACAAUAUUCGGUUUAACCUUUGUUGAGAUAGAAAUUUUCAUAUUAGGGGUUGUGAUUUUAUAGCAAUAUACGGUUUACCCUUUGUUGAGAUAGAAAUUUUCAUAUUUACCUAACAUAUCAAG